AUGGUCCCGGAGGCUCUGUGGCCGCCGUUAUCAGUGGCGUCUCACAAGAGCUCGGGCGAUAAUGGCUGCCGGCGGCGACGAGCUCGGAUCGACGAGGAGGACGACGACGACGACGGCGGAGGCGGAAGAAGAGGCGGAGGCGGAGAGACGGUGGAGAUGCACCUCGAGGACUACCAGCACGGCGAGAGGAGCGAGGAGGACGACGUGCGACGGCCCGUGUCCGUUCUGGAGCGAGACGACUUCGUCGACGACGGUUCCCUGCCCGACCUCAUGUCCAUGGCGAUGACCGGCAUGGACGUCGUCCAGCCGUACUGCUGGACGGACAACAGCGCGCUCUUCUCCCCGCUGGAGAUCGGCACGGAUCCGCGGGACUAUCUCGACUGGGACCAGAUGCCCGUUGUCUUUCAGUAUCCCACCAACGGCGGUGGAUCGCCGGGCGGUAGCACCUGCAGCGAUCAGGCGAUCACUCCGACUUGGAGCAACGCGGUGGGUACAGCGACGACGACGACGACGACGACGACGGAUCAUGGCGAGGAUAAGUCGAAUCGAAAGUUACCGUCGAUGGGCUCGGCCUUCUCCUUCUCGCGCGCCUUCAGCAACACGAUUUAUCCGGAGUACGCGGCGGAGUCACCGGGCGAUUAUCAAGAUUAUCCGGACUGCCAAGAGGACGUGGUGUCGCUGUUGAUGAGCAUCCAGAACGACGUUCAGAGCUACAGUCCCACGGUCGCCGACGAGUUUGACCUCAGUCUGAUCCGGGGCGACCCGACGUCGUUGCUAAGCACGGCGGACUCGUCGUCGUCGCCGACGGCCUGCCCUCUCCCGACCGGCGACGACCAGCAGGAACCGGCAUUCCAGAGCUUCAAUCCGCCGUACUACCCGGUCGGGCAUCUCGUUUCCUCCCAGCAACAGUCGUCGACGGUCAACCUGAUGGCCGGUGAGCUCGUCGGCGCGACGGACGGUUUCGGCAAUCAGGUGAUACUGCCGCGGAACGAGGGCCUGCUACUCGGAAACAACAAUCGAUGUGUCGCCGGGUCGAAGGUCGUCGAAACCGAGAAGAACGACAAAUUGUAUGGUAAACGACCGGUGGACGAUAGCCUCGCGUCGGCUUAUCAGUGCCGCUGGAUCGACUGCGGAUGUGCGUUCGCGGAGCAGGAGGGCCUGGUGCGGCACAUCGAGAGGCGGCACGUGGAGUCGUCCUCGGCGAACGCGCACGGCAGACGGGUCCAACGGGACCGGGACAAGGAGCGAGAUGGCAAGGAAGCGGCGGACGGCUUACCCGGGGCGGCCACGACGACGGCGACGAGUCGCGAGGAUGAGUUCGCCUGCCUCUGGCAAGGAUGUCCGCGCGCGCGGCCGUUCAACGCGCGAUACAAACUGCUGAUCCACAUGCGGGUGCACACGCAGGAAAAGCCGAAUAAAUGUCCGUUCGCCGGUUGUAAAAAGGCUUUUAGUCGUUUGGAAAACUUAAAGAUACACCAGAGAUCGCAUACAGGCGAAAGGCCUUACGCGUGUCAACACAAUGGAUGCUCAAAGGCAUUUAGCAACAGCAGCGAUCGGGCCAAGCAUCAAAGGACUCAUUAUGAUAGAAAACCAUACGCUUGCCAGGUAAGUGGCUGCGGUAAACGUUACACGGAUCCGUCGAGUCUCAGAAAGCAUCUGAAGAAUCACACGGAGAAUUCGAGUACGCUGUCCAAUCUGUUAUCGUCGAAUAAAGUAUCAACGACCAAUGUGACAGCCGUUGCGGUAGGACACAAGUUAAACUCGACGAUUCCUCACCGAAGGGGCCAAGACACGUGCAUCUACGACGUGGAAAUGAAUAAUUCAUCGUACAAAUUAUCUAAAACUUACAUCAAAGAGGAGAACACGUUGCCGGACAAUACGUGCCAGCUGAAUAGAAUAUCAUUUAAUUUCGAAAGCAAUCAACAGGAAUACGUGCCGAUCGAAACGAUUCGUCAUCUUCUAAUCAACGACAUCACCAACGCGCAGAACGACAAUACAGGAUACUGUGUGCCAGCGGAGGACGACGUGCCGGAUUUCCACGAGCUCGGCGCCGACAUAAUCGAGCGACAGUUCCACGAGCUGAGCGGCCUGAACGACGCUAUUUUCAUCGACGGAUGAGGCCUCCUCGGCCAGA